GUGAAGCUCGUGCCGCAGAGAAACAGCUCAGUCACUGAGUUCUACAGCACGAGAGAGCAGAGCUGAGCUCAGACAGGAGACAGCUGGAGUGAGACUGGGAGAACUGGACUGAACUCCAGGCCUUCAGAAGCUUCAUGCUCCAGCCGACAUCAUGCUGUUACUCGUGCUGUGCUGCUUGUGGAUCACCCCGUCCAGCUUCGCUCUGGAGUUUAAGUAUCACAACUCAGUGCAGGUGGGACAGUACCUGACAGAGGUCAGCAGGAACUACUCCGACAUCACUUACCUGCACAGCAUCGGCCAGUCUGUAGAAGGCCGAGAGCUGUGGGUGUUAAUUCUAGGUCAGAAUCCCAAACAGCAUCGCACCGGCAUUCCAGAAUUCAAAUACGUUGGAAACAUGCAUGGCAACGAGGUAUUAGGGCGUGUCCUGCUGCUACAGUUGAUUGAUUAUCUCACUAAAGACUACCUGAGAGACCCAUUAGUGACCCGGCUGCUGAACAGCACCCGCAUCCAUAUCCUCCCCUCGAUGAACCCAGACGGCUUUGAAUCGUCUGGACGAGACUGCAUGUACUCACAGGGCAGGUUCAACAAAAAUGGAGUGGACCUGAACCGGAACUUUCCGGAUGCUUUCUCGAGUGAUAACGGGCAGCUGAGGGAGAAGGAGGUGGCGGCAGUGAUGAACUGGCUGAAGACAGAACCAUUUGUUCUCUCCGCCAACCUUCACGGAGGAGCAGUGGUGGCCAGUUAUCCGUAUGAUAACAGCAAUGGAGGCAGUGAGCUGCAGGGGGGCUCCAGCGUCAGCCCGGAUAACGACGUCUUUGUUCACCUGUCCAAAACUUACUCCCGCAACCACACCAGCAUGUAUAAGGGGGACAGCUGCUUCGACUCCAAAGACUUCUCUGAGGGCAUCACCAACGGGUACAGCUGGUAUCCUCUGGAAGGAGGGAUGCAGGACUAUAAUUAUGUGUGGGGUCAGUGUUUGGAGAUCACUCUGGAGUUGUCCUGCUGUAAGUUUCCUCCAGAGAGUGAACUUCCUGGUCUGUGGGACGCCAACAGGGCCGCACUGCUGGCCUACAUGCAGCAAGUUCAUCUAGGUUUGAAAGGUCAAGUGCUGGACUCGAAUGGGAUUCCCAUCCAGAACGCCUCAGUGGAGGUAGAGGGGAGGAGGAACCUUUGUCCAUUCAUGACGGACCGGAACGGGGAGUAUUACAGACUGCUGCUGCCUGGGAGCUACACCAUCAAGGUGACCCACCCAGGACACGAGUCGGUGACGGAGACAAUCUCAGUGCCGUACGGCCCGGACCGGUUCAGCGCUUUAACACACAACUUCCAGCUUCAAAAAAGCUCCAGCCAGUCUACCCCAGGGACGACAGUACAGCCCACCUGCACCCCACCCGGACUCAACCUCUCAAACAACAACAACAGCGCCGCCCUACUGCCCAGUCUGAGCACUGCACUCGCUGCCUACUGCCUUCUACUCCACACGCUGCAGCUGUCCUGAGGACGGCUGUGUUUUAGUGAUUAUUAGAAUGAAAAAUAUGGACACUAUUUGCUCGCCUUGCACAAUCACUAGAGCCGGGUCUGUUCGGAUUCUGUUCGGUUCCGUUCUUCAGGAGACUGUCUAUGUUUCUGAUGACGCUACAGUGAGAGAACCCAGAGUUUACAGUGCCACAAAAAAAACCUGACAGCUGAAGUUACUGUUCACUAUAUACCAGUUUCCUGGAGAGGGUUUUGAAGUAAACAGCAAGGGGAUGCACCUUUUACACCUAAUUUUGUCCAAAUGCAUCCAGACACGUACUUAAAUUGACAUUUUUUCUGAAAUAAAGUGUAUUCAUGUGAGUUUAAUGGUGAUUUACACUAAAUAUUGGAAUUAUAUUCUGGUCUGGUGGGUUAGGUAUACCAAACACAUUUCUUUUCAUAGAUUUAAAAAUUCAUUUCCAAAAGCAAUUUUCCAUUUUAUAAAUCAAGCAAUUACAAAACUACAAUUUCAAAAUAUUAUUGAACACAUAACCUUUUUAAUAUCCAGCAGACAAACCAACAAUAUCCAAUGCAUUAACAUCAGCACUUCUAUUCUAAUGAUGAAUUUACCUCAGCAGUGCUAUUUAAUUCACAUUCAAGCCACAUCUUAAACAGAAAAAAAAAAACAGUAAGUCAUUAGUGAUAAAGCUAAGUUAACUUAGUUAACAUUACUAUCCUAGCCCUAUAAGGCUCAUAUCUUUCAGCUAAAAAAAAAAAACAGACAGUUUGUAAAGAAGCAGUAAGCUGACAAAAUAUGAUACGCAAUGCUUUAAACACUUAUUUUGUUUCAUUAAUGCGAGGAAAGAGUAAAAAUGAAUUUAAACCUGCCGUUUUGUCUCUCGUUGUAAUUGCAUUUUUUUGCCUGUUUUCAAUUAAUAUUUUUGUUGACAAAUAGUUGGUGCAUCCCUACUAUUUGCAGGAAAAGUACUUUUUAAAAAUAGUAUAAAAUGCUGGAUAUGGAAAUUUAGGGUAUACACAGUGAGUGUGGGAUUGAUUCAUAUAUACACAUAUAUACAAAACAUUUUUACUUAGGCCCUUUUCACCUGUAUGUACAUGUUACAUGUACACCAUGCUACUGUGCACCCUAAAUUUUAAUGUACUGUAUAUCAAUUUAAUAAUUUAAAGGAGUGUCUGGAUACUUUUGGACAUAAAGUGCAUAUUAAGAAAGACAGCAGUAAAGACGAACGGACGAAUGAAGAAAAAUGGAGACGUUAUUUUUUUUUUUCUGUUUUCAUGUCCUGAGACUGACUAUGUUGUCUUUUUGACUACUGUUCAAAAGUUUGAAAACAUUUAUUUAUCAAUAUCCUACAAUUAAUUACCCAUAUAUAGAUAAUUAUUCAUACAUUUGUACAUGAAUUGUUUUUUAUUCAAAUUAUUUUUUUUAAACAUCACACAAAAAAAAAAUCAUUGUGAAAUUUCAUUAAUUAAAGUAACAAAAUGAAAUUUAACAAAAUAUGUAACAUAACACUUCAAUGUUUUUUUGUAAAAUAUAAUUUUUUACAAUUUGUAACAUUUCUGUUGGCCUAUUCUUUAUCAAAUUCUGAUAUAAAAUCAAUUGCGAUUCACAUUAUUAUUAAUAAUCUUAUUAAAAUAUUUUAAGCUCAUUGUAUCUAAAUUGAAAUCAACUAGCACUUUGAAACAAGAAGCACUUACAAUACUGAUGUUAUUAAAGGGACUUUUUUUAUUAGACCUAAUAAUAAGAACUUUGUCCUGAUUUUUAUGAUUUUUUUAAAUACUUCUUCACAUUUUGCUUUCUUUUCUCCUCCAGAUGAUGUGAAACCUGUAAGAUUACACAUAACUAGUAUUGGAUUUAAAUUAUUUUGCACAUUUACCUGCAACAAAUGUAUUUUGACAUUGUUAAAAACAAUGAUUCCAAACUUUUGAACAGUAGCAUGAAUGAGAAGUAUAAUAAAACAUUGUUUAUAUUUGUUCUGAAUAUUUGGACUGAGCAUAGUUUUCUAUAUAAAGACAGAACUGUAAGAGUCCAGUGUUUUGUAUGAAAUGUACUGUAUCAUGUAUUAAAGAGGAUCAGUUGUAGGACAGUGGGAGUUAGACAGGUUUACAGUGUACAGGUGUGUUAUACAGGAAUCAUAUCGGGAAAGCAGUGUCCACUUUUUUAGGAUUUUUCUGCUGGAAAACUUUCACAAAGAACUUUUAGAAACUCUGUGCCAAAAACGGGACUCACCUAAAGAGGAUCAUCUACCUCAUCUUAAUCAACCUCACAUCAGUACAGUGACCAGCAGUGCCUUCAAUAAACCUCUUCCCAAAUA